CUGGAGGGAGGGGAAAGAAUAGAGAGCAGAGCACGGACGUCAGGAACAAAAGCCCCGGCCGUGGAGUCUGGCAAGGCAAGGAGGGAGCAUGGGGUGUUUUUGAAUAAUUAUUAAAAUGAGCAUGUGUCUGCGCCAUCCUGUGGGUGUGGCGCAGAGCGGAGUGUAAACUCUAGCGGGGCCGAAGCAAACAUUGGCUUAGCGGCAGCAGCUGCCAGCCUGUGCCUAGGAGUGUGGGGACGAGCGCGGCGGCAAGCAGACCGGCACCAUGGCCUCGUCUCAGGGGAAAAACGAGCUGAAAUUGGCCGACUGGAUGGCAACUCUGCCUGAGAGCAUCCACAGCAUUCCCCUCACCAAUUUAGCCAUCCCAGGGUCACAUGAUUCUUUCAGCUUCUACAUUGAUGAAGCUUCUCCAGUAGGCCCUGAGCAACCAGAAACUGUCCAAAACUUUGUCUCUGUGUUCGGAACUGUAGCUAAGAAGCUGAUGCGGAAAUGGUUGGCCACUCAAACGAUGAGCUUCACUGGUCAGCUGGGAGCUGGAAUCCGUUACUUUGACCUUCGAAUUUCCACCAAACCCAGAGACCCAGACAAUGAACUGUAUUUUGCUCAUGGCUUAUUCAGUGCCAAAGUCAAUGAGGGUCUUGAAGAGAUCAACGCAUUUCUCACAGACCACCACAAAGAGGUAGUAUUCUUGGACUUCAACCAUUUUUAUGGGAUGCAGAAAUAUCACCAUGAAAAACUGGUCCAAAUGCUGAAAGACAUCUAUGGAAACAAAAUGUGCCCAGCUAUUUUUGCCCAGGAAGUGAGCCUGAAGUAUCUAUGGGAGAAGGACCAUCAAGUAUUGGUCUUCUACCACAGUCCAGUGGCACUGGAAGUGCCCUUCCUCUGGCCUGGGCAAAUGAUGCCAGCACCCUGGGCAAACACGACAGACCCUGAGAAAUUGAUCCAGUUUCUUCAGGCAUCCAUCACUGAGAGAAGAAAGAAGGGUUCGUUUUUUAUAUCUCAGGUCGUGCUGACACCCAAAGCAAGCACUGUUGUCAAGGGUGUGGCAAGUGGCCUCAGAGAAACAAUCACAGAAAGAGCUCUUCCCGCCAUGAUGCAGUGGAUCCGCACCCAGAAGCCAGGAGAGAGCGGCAUCAAUAUUGUCACUGCUGAUUUUGUAGAACUUGGUGACUUUAUCAGCACUGUCAUAAAACUCAACUAUGUCUUUGAUGAAGGAGAAGCCAACACUUGAUAUUACUUUUCCGGAGUGUCCACGAGGAAGAUAGAGAAGCCUCAUUGUAUUAGAUAUAUUAUCAAUAAGCCCUGAUUUUCCAGUUCCACUGAGUCUCUGAAGGAAUUAGGGCUUAGAAGUGGGUGGGAAAUGAGGGUAAACCAUGUCUUGAGUGAUUGUAACCAUAUUCUGCAUUGCUAUAAAUAUGUCAUUUCCAAUUUGGUGACCAAAAUCUACUUCUAGUGUUAGGAAUAGAAAAGAACAGUGAAUUUCGUCUUUCAGAAUUAAUGUUUGUGCUGUGUAAUUCAUGAGUGUUUACUAGAUUGCAUUUUCUAAUUUCAACCUCGGGCUCCUGUAUUAUUCAUAGCCUCUACCCUUCUACUCCCUCUCUCUUGCUCGCUCUUCCUAAUUAGAUACUAUAUGGGUCUCAAAACAAUUGAAUGCCCAACAUAAUGUGUAUUGCAUUGUUGUGCUGAAAUGUGUUUGUUUUGUGAGACUUGGUAAAAAUAUUCCAUAGUCAUCUGCAAUUGGGCAAUCAUAGCUAAUUCUUGGUUGUAGAAAAUAUGCAUUAAAUCAGUCUCCCUGCAUCAGUAAUAUUGGCAGUCAGGAGUGAUUUUGUGUUUUACAAAAACAACAGCAUUUCAUAGCAGCUGUGUGCGAAGCAGCUAUGACUAUCAUGAAAACAGACUUUUGGAAAGACGAUGAGUGUGAACUUCACAGUGAAGAAAGAAAAAGAAAAGGAAUGGGAUAUACACAGAUAGAUGUUAUUUUAAUUCAGCAAAGUCUUAAAUAAUAAUGUCCUGUAAAUGUCAAACUACAAAUGUGUGGAAAACAAACAAAAAAAUCUGAUUUCUUUAAAUCCUUAAACUUUAAAAAGUUCUCUUAAUAAUUGCAUUUUUCUAAAAAGAAAAAAGAAAAACCAGGAGACUCUACUACAAAAUUAGAAUUCUAAAUGCUCAAAUCUAAAAACCAGAUCACAAAAAAAUAUCGUUAAAGAAGCUUUAUUUAUGUUUAUAACUUAGAAAGAAGAAAAUGAAGGGAUGCAGAGGGAUUUAGAAUAAUAUUUUUGAGACUAUCCCUGUAAUCUUUGCAGUCCAUUUACAAAUUCUUUCAAUAUGGAUGAUCUCCAAUUAGCAUUCUGGGUUCCAUACUGUUUGAGGCUACACAAAGACCAAGGAGCUGAAGUCUCAUACAAAUGUCUGUGGCAUCACUUUUGGUAAUCCAGCGGAAACGUUAACACAUUUUUUUUUUGACUGAUGAAUCCUUCUUGGUAUCUUUGUAGUGUUUGACAACUCUAAAAACCAACCUUCUAAGAGCACAAUACCCUCUCUGUAUGUUUCAUGGGAAUAAUGUGAGGGAUUAGUAAAAAUCUCUAUAAUUAUUGAAGCUCCUAAAAUUACACAUUAUUUUAUCUUCACACAUAGAAAUUAUCAAACAAGUACUGUCUUUGGACAAAGACAUUUCGUGCAUAUCAGACUCCUAGAGAAAAAAAAAAGUAUUUAUUUGGCUUUUAAUUAAUUUAAAUGGAGGACAUAUCACUUAAUUCUUUGGCAUAGAUGAAGUCAACAUCUCAAUAUUAUAAAUAACCAAGAGUUGACUUAGACUAAAGAUACUCUUCAUUAGAAAACAGCACUGUCCAAGAACUACAGAGUGAAUAAAGAAUAUGUUUGUGAAAAAUGUGUUUAAACUAAAUAGCUUGCAUAUGCACAUAACAAAUAUGUUUAUAAUUCCAGAUCUCUGUAUGUAUUUUGUCACACAUACUCUGGUGCAGAGAAACAAAUACAGAUACACACAGAAUAUAGGCAAACAUAAUACAAUUAUUUUUCAAAUAAAAACACUGACAUUAGUAAAUAAUUUAAUUUAAAGAAUUCCAGAGCCAGGCAUGGUACCAGAGUACAUGCCUAUAACUAUGGAACGUGAAAGCCAGAAGAAUUAGUACUUCUUCAAGUCUUGCCUGGGCUACACUGUGAGCUCAAGGCUACCCUGAGUUACAUAAAGAGAUCUUAUCUCAAAAAUCUAAACAAUAAAUUAAAGAUAGCAUCCUUUAGUAAUGUAUGGAAAAUGUUACAUAACAUUUGAGAAUACGGCAGUUCAUCAUAUAAAAUGCUUUUAUAAAAUAUUACGGAUUGGGACUUUAAUAUUACAAAAUAUAAUGCUUCCCCUGUUAACUUCUCCAUCUUUUGCAAGUCUAUUAUCUAUUUCACUUGAUCUUCUUGAGCAGAUAAACAGAAACUUUUUAAAAAGAGAUUAUUGAUUAUCGACAUUAUGCUUUAUAAAUUUGCUGACUACUCAAUUUUGAUGCCUUAGGAGCAUCUAUUGCCAAACACAGUUGAAAUGACACAAUUAUCUACUUAUAAUAUGACAGAGAUUCUUAAUCUGUUAGCAAAAAAUUGGAUGCAAUGUGGAAGUGAUUUUAUUGUAUUUUCUUGAACUUGAAUUCUUCCCUACAGUCUUUGUGAUAUUUAUCAUGUGGGUGCUGGAAAGAAUGGACAUAAUGUAGCAUUCGGGUGACAUUUCCAGACUAGGAAAGAGAAGGUUAUGUUUGUUUGUUUGUUUUGUUGUUUUUGCCAUUAAUGAUGUCUGCACAAAAACUACUUUCAAUCUGAACUUAUGAUUUCUAUGUGGAUACACAGUUAGCUCCUAGGCAAUAGGCACUGAGAUAAAUGGACUUGCCUUAACUUCUAAAAAGGGACUAAAUAGAAAUAAACCACAAGAGAAUUCGCUAAAAAUUUCCCUAGAAAAGGGAAAUGGAGAGAAGGUACCACUGGCUCUUUCCUGGCCACUGGCCCUGCUGUGGAACACACUCGUGGAGCAGAUUGUAUGACUUUUGUAGAGAAGUGGUGGUAUGUGGUCAAUCAGACCCUCAGUUCUGCUUUGUCUUUCCUGAGUCCUGGGAGCACAAGGGCUACACAUAGGCUUCAAGUGGAGGUAUGUGUUAGUGUACCUUUUGUUUGGCUGGCACUUAAGACACUUUAUGUUACAAGUCCUACAAAGCAAAAACAAAACUAAAAUCCAAGUGUUACUCAACCCGGGACAACAAAUCCGUGGGGUGAGUGGAACAAGGGAAAAUACUCAGAUGAAUCCACUUUUACAUAUGUUUUCCUGUCAGUAAUUCUGAAGGACCAAUAUAGCAAAGACUUCUGCCAUUAUGACUUAUGUCUCCUUCUUCCUACACAGUCAUGUGAGCACAGAGAAGGCAAGGCAUCCUUUGAAAGCCUUAGGAUAUUUUAUAUGGUAACCUCAAUGUUCACUUUUAGCCAUAUUGGGAAAACUCACAUUUCACAGAACGCCACCUAACAGAGACUAUAUCAGAGCAUAAAACAUUUGGCAAGAUACUCUUGUACAUGCACAUGUGUGUAUAUAAAUGUGCCUGAGCAUACACACACACAUACACACACACACACACACACACACACACACACAAACACACAGUGAAGUCACACCCUAUAUUGGCCUAACUGGUUUUAUUGCAAUUUUAACUCUUGAAAUCAAUAUGUCCUAUGUUAUCAGGCUUUAAAAUAGUUCAACUACUUGAAUACUUAAAGGGAAAGUUAUUAAAAAUGAUCAAUGAAAAGUGAGACUAUCAGAAACUAGAACCACUGGGCAGUAGUACUCUAAUUAUACUGUCAAUCACAUCUCAAGACACAAGAUCUAAUGCAAAUUUAAAUAUAAAUGUUUGAACACACAUCUUCACUCAAACUUGUUUGAGUCCUGUGAAGUUCUGAGGUGGUUUUAAGUGGCACUACCUGUCCAGAUUCCUACCUGUUGGAAUUACAGACAGGAGAGCUGGAAGUCUCAGGAAAUGCAUGCUUUUGUUAGUUUUUUAGUUCUACUGUUUUACAAAUAUUUAGUGACACAAUGAUCUAACUUUUCUCUGGUUGGUCAACCAAAGAGGAGCAGUAUAGGUCAAGUGCUCGCACCCUGAACAGCUAAAGAGGGCACAAUGGCCCUCAGGAGAUGCUAAAUGAGAUCUCUACAGUGUUUUAUUCUGCUAUAUUUUGGUCUUUCUCUAGCUUUCAGUGACACCAUGGUGUGAAGGCUCUAUUUGCCAUAACUUACUAGUGGCUCCUGUUUAACGUGCAGUUUAAACAUAAUGUUCCAAAUUGUCUGUUUUCCCAAUGACAAUAAGAAAACAUUCUAUAAAAUUUGUGAAAGGUGUUAAUUGAGAAAUGUGUAAUUUUUAUUUCACUUGUGAAAUGACUUUGUAGUUCUUAGUUCUGAUCAUAAAUUUGUAUGAGUCAAAAUUUCGUGCUUGUCAGUGGUAAGUGUAAUUAUAUUGUAUCUUCUCAAGAAACUUAUCCUAAAGAAAAAGGGCACAUUAUGACUAGCCUUAGUGCACUGCUAUUUUGCUUGUUUUGUUUGGCUUGCUUUUGUUGCUGCCAUUGGAUUCAAAUUUUUAGCAGAAAUUACAUUUCUCCUAAAGAUGACACUUAAGAAACCUUGUACAACAUAUGCUUUAGAGAGUUGCUGAGUUCCCACAACUCCACUGUCCAGUUUAUGAAUGAAUCAGUUAUGCUUUUUGAUUAUUAAAAUCAUCUACCUUAAUAACUUCAUUCUACACUAGAAAACUAAAUUCUCAUUUAUUUCCAUCAGAUUCAGAAUGAACACCAAAAUUCCAAUACAGUAUUUGAUAAUAAUAGAUCAUUUCUACUUUAAUGAUAAGGUUUCCAUGGAACGACAUUUCUCUAACUCACUGAUUUGGAGUAUGUAUCAUAAGAAAUAAGACAGACUGUCUUGGAUCUAUGAAAAUCAUAGAAGCUCCAUUAACAUGGGGUAAUUCCAUUAUAUGGUUGGCUUCUCAACAAAACCAGCCACAAUGUUCAUCUUUCUUUCUUUUCCAUGUGCAACAGGAAACUCCCAACCAAUCUACAUAGGUGGUCGUGGUGGAAGCAAAACUGUAAUCUAUUUUAUGCUUAGACUUUAUUUAUAAAUAGUUUCCUUAUUUCUUCCAGUCUCUGUUCUUUAAUUUGUUUUUAAUAUUUACAGUUGCCAAGUAAAAUAGAAAACAGCAGUGAAAUUCAAAUCUCAGUUAAAUAAUAUGUUACUGAGGCUCCUAUAUAGUUGAUCAGGAAUGCUUGCUUACAUUGCUCAGUAAUGUUUACAUAAGGUUCAAUUUUAAAUAGAUACAUUCCCUGUUGCUUCUUUAAAUCUGGCAAUACUAUAUAUAAUUCCUCCCAAUAUUUUCAGUGGCACUGCUGUGAGCUCUGAGAUGUCCAUUAUCCUAUAUUAAGACCAUUCAUAAAAUCUGAAGAAAUAUUGUUUCAUGAAGAAUAUUGUUUCACACUGAUUUUGAAGAAUCAUGUUAAAGUCAUUUGAAAUUAAGAGUAACUUCAUUAGAUGAAUGCAGCCAAAUUUAAAUUUUUCUUAUAAUGGCAUGUUGGAGGUCUAGACUCUGGCCAUUAUUUCUGGAAAUAAUAUUCUCCAGCUAUUGAGACAACCAACAACAUGGCACAUGUUAAAAACUGCUCUUGGAAAGUGAGAAUACCUUCUAAUGAAAGACCAGAGCCUGCUCUAGAAUUUAGUUUUCCUAUGAGACAGGAAUCAAAUGAAUCCAUCAUGCCAAUCCCUAUCAGUCACACCUCAAAAUUAUUUUAUGAAUUACAAUAAGUCAUCUAAGUGACUGUAGAAUAUUUGACAAAAGGAACUCUUUAGUGAGAGAGAAAAGAAUCCCAGGUAAAUACAGUCUAGUCUUGAGAGUUUCUUCCCACAGUAGGGGAUAAUGCUGGGCAGUAGAUGGGAACAGAAAGUAGUUCCUGAGAUAAAGCCCAUGACAGAGAAUUGCUGAAGUGGAUUGUAUUGAACGAUUGGUUUUCAGGAACUGAAACUGAAGGACCCCUCGGAUAUAAAUUAAGAGACCUAAAUCUGGUACCUAGGUUAUCUUUCAAGGACUAGAACCAUGCUGGAAUUUCUAAAUUAAUACCCAGUGUUUUUAACACUAAGUCCUUCCUAGUGUGAAUAUGGAUGGAUUUACAGUAGCUACCUCUUCUUUUGAAAUUCCUAUGAAAAAAAUAGGAAAACAUAAAUCCCAUGAUGUUUCCAUAUUGUGAUUGCUGCCUACACAUAUUUAUAUUGAUUUGCUUCAUUUUUGUGGAGAAAAAGAGUGUAUAGAGCUGGUAAUGUUUCCUUCACUGACCCCAGGAGUUCACCAGAGGAAGUCAGAUCUGUGCCUUCUCUUUUUAGGAUCUGUUAAUUGAUACUUUAGUAAAUGUGCUGUAAUGAAAAUCCAUGCCUAUAUAGUCUGUACAGAAAAAGUGAUUUUUACAGAUAAUAAAAUUGUGUUCUUAAUGUUAAAAAUAAAAGUUUAUUUGUAGCUAGUGAAAUUGCCUAAUAAAGUCCUGGAAUCAGU